AUGUCUGAAAGACGAUUUCAGCCCACCGUAUGCCGCCAAGAGUCACCGAAACUGAAAGUUGCGUCCAAGACUUUCUUCUCAACCUCCGACACCGAGAGCGAGUGCGGGGCCGCCGAUUGGCUCGACGGCGGGCUCAUUUCGCUAGCUGGGGCCAAGCCCAGCCAGUUCAUUCACACGAGGGCCGGCCGAGCAACGGCCGCGUGUGGUAUGCGCGCGCGCACUGUGUCA